AUAUUUGAAAAAUUUGACCAGCAUCGUUAAUAAGCUUACAUCGAGGGUUUGCUUAGUGAAAGACAACUCUCCCUUACUCGUAGUAUAUUGCUGAUCAAUGGCGGCCUCAUCUUCGUCUGCGACAUCUUACACUUCUGAUUCAUCUUCUUCGUCUUCUCGCCGUCGCCGUCGCCGGAGAGCUCGCCGUGAAAAGGAUCGGGACACGCUUAGGGUUCGUAAGAAGUCUCGCUCUCAUUCUAAACGCCAUCGCAGGCACCGCCGCUCCUCCUCUGAUUCUCUCUCUUCCUCCGACUCCGAAUCUGAUUACUCCCGAACCAAUAGCUCUUCUCAAAGCGAACCUGAAACGUCUGGCCGUUCAAAGCGGCAUAAGAGGAAUGAUAGAGCAAAGAGGGAUAAGGAGAGGGAGCGAAGUAGGAGUCAUCACCAUAAGAGGCGUAAACAUAAAGCUAAAGAGAAACAACCAGAAGAGAGUAGUAGCCCUGUGCAGCUGUCUAAGUUUUUAGCACGGGAGAAGGAUGAUGGUACACGGCGGAGUGCUGUCUCUGGCAAAAAGAUUUUGUUGAAACUUGACAAAUCAAAGGAAGACAAAGCUGAAGAAAACAAAAGAAAUGAAUUACUGAAAUUCUUGAACUCUAGCUUUGACUAAUGGCUGUGUUUGAACUGAAGGAAAGAGGCAUUGUUAGAAUUGAAUUGUUAGCUGCUGCAUGAAGAAAAUUAAAUUCAACCAACAGUUGUGUGUUGAUUAUGUUGUAGAGACGUAUUUAAGCCUGUGAACUUUCUUCCCUUAAUGUUUUGAUGCAUACAUAUGGAGAUCUUGUUUUAAUUCCUUAUGGACAAGAAUUGAAAUUGAAAUGCAAAAUGAUUUAGUUUGUUUUAUUUAUUUUUGAUGGAAUAGAAUGGGAUGGGAAGAAUGAUUGACUA